ACCUCCUCCAUCCAAGCUAUAAGCAUCGACAACGAUAUCGUCGGUGAGCCCGAUAUCGAAUGUCUUGAUGAAGAGAUUCGAGUAUGGGUAAAGACUCGAAAACCUUUUGCAGGCCGAAUUUAUGCCAAAGGAAGAGCCGACAUAGAGGAGUGUUACAAAGACGAUUUUGCUAAAGAGCGGACGAAAAAGCCACAUUUCGAUCUA